UGCCUCUGAGGUCUGAGAGGCAAGGCACUUCCCUGUGUGCUGGGAGGAAGAGCCUGCUGAACUCACAACCAGAGGACAGCAGGAGAUCAGGGGCUUCCGGGGCCAGCUUCAGAGCUUGUCACCAAUUCUGCAGGAAAAGUGAGCUUCAGCAGGGGAAGGAAGUGGUCCACAGAGUAGGAGCUGUGAGGACCUGGAAGAAUUCAGUGCCUGUAAAAAGCUCGCUGAGUGAGUACCUUGGUUCUAGUAAGCAUGGGAGGACGGAAGAUUGCAAGAGAUGAAGAAAGUGUCUAUGGCUCUGAAGACAGCAUGAAGGCCCCGCUGAGGCUCAUCCUCGUGGGGAAGACAGGGGCUGGAAAGAGCGCCACGGGGAACAGCAUCCUGGGCCACAAGCGCUUUGUCUCCAGACUCGCAGCCACCUCGGUGACCAGAACCUGCGAGGUGUGGAGCCGCAGAUGGGAUAGAAGGCACGUAGAAGUCAUGGACACCCCGGAUCUUUUUAGUUCCCUGGUCUCUAAGACAGACCCAGGGUGCCAGGAGCGAGCCCGCUGCUACCUGCUGUCUGCGCCUGGGCCCCAUGCGCUGCUCCUGGUAACUCAGCUGGGCCGCUUCACUGCACAGGAUCAGCAGGCUGUGAGAGCGCUCAAGGUCCUGUUUGGAGACAACGUGGUGAAGCGCACCAUCGUGCUGUUCACGCGCAAGGAGGACCUGGGUGGGGACUCUCUGCAAGAGUAUGUGCAACACACUGACAACCAUGCGCUGAGGGCUCUGGUGUCUGAUUGUGGGGGUCGAGUGUGUGCCUUUGACAACAAGGCAAUGGGAAGGGAGCAGGAGGCCCAGGUUCAGGAGCUGCUGCUGCUGGUGGAGCGCUUGGUGGGGGACCACGCAGGUGCCCCCUACUCCAACGACGUGUACCGCCUGGUGCAGGAACUUGCUUCCUUAAGGCCUGAGGAACAGCUACGAAGGGUGGCAGAGAGGCUGGUGGGCAGAACAAGGGGGCAAGGAAGGUGGAAGCUGUGGAACUGGGUGAUGGCUUGGAAGCUGCGCAUAUCUGCGCUGCUGGGUGUCCUGUUCAAGCCUUGGAGACUGUUCUCCAGAGGCUGGUUCCAGGCUGUGGAGGAGGUCCGCACUGAGUGACAGAGUGUAUCUAAGUAGGAUUUAGACCCAUCACCUGACAAUCACAUCCUUCUGUGGUGUCUGUGCCUCAGAGGCCCACAGGCUUUCCUUGUGUCCCUCACCUGGCAGUAACCUGCCAACCCAAAGACAAAAGUCCUGCCCAGUCCCAUCCUCUUCCCUCCUCCCCCCCCCAAAAAA